AUGCAUUUUGAUUUUAAAGGAGCCCCUCCAAAACCUUCUUAUUUUAUUUCUUUAUUACCUCUUUUGCAAAAUAUGGGGUUUAAUGGAUUACUUAUUGAAUGGGAAGAUAUGUUCCCCUAUAAAGGAAGACUUGCUAAUGCAAUUAAUGGGGAUGCUUACACAAUGGAUGAGAUUUUUACCCCGAAUUCGACUAUGUCUAAUUCGUAUCCUGGAUUUAGAAUAAACAAAUUAUUUGUUCACAUUGUUCUAAGCACACCAGCUACCUAA